AUGAAAACGGUGAUAAUGAGUGAUAACAUGCAUACCAUCGAUGACUACAGGCGUCUGUACGACGAGUCCGUCACAAAUGGGACCGACUUUUGGCGGCGAAUGGCCGACACAUUUGAUUGGCACACAAUCGCUGGCCAUUCGCCCCGUUUUGGCCACAAUUUUGACACAUCUUCGGCACCCAUUGACGUCCAUUUCAUGAGCGGUUCCCAAACCAAUGUCUGCCAUAAUCUCAUCGACAGAAACAUUGCCUUAGGCUUUGGCUCACGAAUCGCUUACCACUGGGUUGGCCACGAGUUUGAGCUGAAUAUGGCAUUGACUUAUAGCCAACUUCGGGAUCAAGUCUGCAGAUUCGCUAACGUCUUGAAAGGGUUGGGCCUUAAAAAGGGCGACACUAUUAUCAACUAUACGCCAGAUUUGAUCCAAACGGUGAUCUCUAUGUUGGCCGCCAUAAGGCUGGGAGUGGUUUACGCCAACACUUUCCCGGGAUAUUCUGCCCAAUGUUUGGCUCAACGUAUGCUUGACUUGAAGUGUAAAGUUUUAAUCACAUCUGAUGUCUAUUACAGUUAUAAACGGUUUAAUGAUUUGAAACAAUACUCAGACCAAGCGAUUAAUAUUUGUCGUCAAAAUAAUCACGAAAUCAAAGCCAGAAUUUUUAUCAAGUAUUUAUCGGAUGGAAACUAUAGCCCGAAUAUUAGUGAUUAUAAUAGCGAUUUGGACCCAAGACUUGAUCACUGGUGGCACGACUUGAUUGAAAAGGCAGACACAGAGUGUCCACCCGUUUGGGUCGACUCCGAAGAUCCACUUUUUGUCAUAUUUUCGAGUGGAAGUACUGGCAAACAGAAGGCUAUCGUUCAUUCAAGCGGUGGUUUUAUGGUAAUGAGUGCUCUUGUAUUCAAACACGCCUUCAAUUAUACGGACGGAGAUGUGGUGUACUGUUCGGGUUGUUUGGGUUGGAUUACCGGCCAAUUCAGUCAUGUGUUCGGAUCGCUGGCCAAUGCGGCCACAGUUGUGCUGUCGGAGGGCUCGCAGACGUACCCAACCCCUGGCCGCUGGUGGAGAAUCAUCGAUGAAUACAAAGUGAAUAUAUUUUACGUCAAUCCGACGGACAUCAGAAAUUUGAGAUCAUUUGGCGAUCAAUACCCAAAUGACUACCCAAUGGCUGACUUGAAAGUGAUUGGAGUUGUCGGUGAGACCAUUGAUGGCGAGACGUGGAAGUGGUUGUACGAAGUGAUUGGACGUCAACGAUGUCCUAUCGUUAACACGUAUUUCCAGAGCGAAACGGGCUGUCCCAUUAUAUUCCCGAUUCCGGGUGUUAUUCCCAUUAAAGUGGGAUCUGUUUCGCUGCCAUUCUUCGGCGUCCAACCCGUCAUUAUUGAUGAAAAUGGACACGAGUUAGAGGGAGAGGGAAACGGAACUCUUUUGAUUAAAACUGCCUUUCCAUCGAUCGCCAGAACUCUUUACGGCGAUUAUAAUCUCUACGAAAAGACAUAUUUCCACAAAUAUCCUAAUUAUUACUUCACUGGCGAUGGUAUGUAUUAACACGAAAA